AUCACAGUUGAUCUACGAUAUGUAAAUGAUUGUCGUCUAAGUGAAAUCAUUCACUUGAGAGAAGACAUCUCUGGUUCAGCACCAUAACGGGACAAUGAUGGCAAUAUUUUUUGCAACGACAAUCUUGAGUACAGCUUUGCUAAGUCAAACCCAAGAAAAUCCUCAAUCACUCUCUUUGACCAAAGCAGAUAUCGGAGAUACUGUUUCUCUACAUUGUGCAUCUUUGAAUGGUACAAGUAAAGUGUUAUACUGGUAUAAGCAAUCUCUUGGAUAUAUUCCCCAAGUGGUUGCCAGUGCAAUUUAUGGCACUCCAACGAUAUAUCCGGCAUACAAAUUAAGGGUUACACUGGUAAAAGGAAAGUUGACUAUGAGAGAUGUAAAGAAAGAGGACGAGGCAAACUAUUUCUGUCAGCAAGGAAUUGAUGAAAACAAGAAUUGGAACAACGGCACAUUUCUGUCUGUGAAUGAUGGAAAUGAGAAGAAAUUAGACUACCAGACUGUGGUUCAACAGUCGGCAUCAGCUCAGCUGGGAGACCCUGUGGCUCUCCAGUGCUCUAUUACCUCCCAGAGGACGGACCACAGUAACCAGUGCCAAGGGGAACCCAGUGUGUACUGGUUCAGAUCAGGACCAUCUCACCCUGCUGCCAUUUACAUGAAUGGGAACAGGAGUGGUGGAUGUCAGAAUAGUUCUGGGCCUCCGUCUGCUCCACAGAGCUGUGUCUACACUCUCCCCAAGAACAAUGUAGACUCCACUGAUGCUGGGACUUACUACUGUGCUCUGGCAGCAUGUGGGGAAGUUGUGUCUGGCAAUGAAUCCAAGCUGGACACUAAAGCACAAAACUCGCUUCCAGUUAACAUGAUGCUUGGAAUACUGUUGGGUUGCUGUCUGGGUGUGAUUAUAAUCCUCAUUCUAACCAGAAAUGAAAUGCAAGUUUGUGAGCAGUGCAAAGGGACACGGAGGGCCGCAGAUGUUGCACAUGACUUAGUGAUUCAGGAACCACAGAACGGGGAAACCGAUUCCUUGAACUACGCAGCGUUGGAGUUCUCUGGCAGGAAAACCAAAGGAGGGAAGAAGAACACUGAAAGGCCUCAGGGGAGUGUGUAUUCUGCUGUGAGAUAGUCCUGCUACUGAAGUCUGCCACGGCCUAAUAUAGUUUAUAUUCCUCUAUAUUGUGUUCCUGGUUAUACGCAGUAGGUUCUCUCUGUAGUCUAUGGACUGAUUCGCUUACGGAACACUUACCCUCCGAUCGAGAGUUGUUUUUGUGCCGAGUUAAGUUCAAGUACACGACCAUCAUUCAAAUGUCAAUUUACAUGACGCAAGUUAACCUUUACAAGAAAAUAAUUGAUUCAUGCUAGUAUCAAUAAACAUGAGACCAAUCUCUCCAUAGUGACCGUGUUCAUUUUACUUAUAUCAUUUCCCAACGAUUAUCAUAUGUGCUUAAUUGAUAAGUGGCAGACAAGACAGCAUUGAUUGUGUCCGAAUUGUUGGUGUUGUUCCUCUGUAUGCAUUUUAUAAGGAUGAUCAUUAAAAUCAUGAAUUACUAUUGAUGACUUUAAAAAAGUUAAUUAAAGUCAACAUUUUCGCUGUU